CUCAGGGGAAGAAGAGGGCUGGUUCCUUUUCAGCUAGGUUUUUGUUCGGAGAUCAAGGUCCGUGUCUAUCUCGCUGCACUGUUGUCAUGUCGAUGGUUGUUUGUGAUGAAUCGAGCAUUGUAUGAUCUGAUGUUGCUUUCUCUGUCAAGCUAUGAUUUUGGGACUAUUUUGAUGUUUUGUUGUUGAAUUUCUCACCAGAAACCUUCACUUGGUUUAUAGUUGUCUGAUUAAUUGAUGAUCAAGAGUUGCUAGCACAUUCUUCUCGAUACAAUGGAUACCCAAAAUGGAGAUGAUCAAGAAGGAGUCAGGGUGAUGGGAUUCGAAGUUCCAAGAUCUCCUGAUUCUAGUUAUUGCAAUCCUAUCCCAGGUAAUGAAGACGAAGCCCGUGAUCCACCACUUGUCCCACCUCAUUUGCAACAUUCUUUGUUGAGCUUCCCGGCAAAUCAAGAUGCUUCAAAUAGCCUCCCAUUGCCUAACAAUGUAACUAUGAACCACCUAUACAUUGAAAAUAGAGAAAGACCGAGCUCGGUCGUCGCCCUUGGCAUCACACAUCGCUUCCGUUCAAAAUUUGUGACCGUUGUGCUUUACAAACCAAUCCAGAGAAGAGGUGCAUGAGAAUUAGUGACAUGAUCCUUCUUUCCCUUUUCAUGUUCCGUCAUCUUUAUAUGAUGAAAUUGGUAUUUCUCCUCACUCUUAUUUGGAGUAGAUGAAAGAAGCACAAAUUGAAGACCUACCUGAUUGUAUUAAGCUUCAAACAACAUUAUCAAUCACGAAUAUGACUGUGUAAUUACAUCGAUGUACCAUUGUUUUUUAGCCGACCAAACUACCAAAAGCCAGCUCGUUAGUCUUCGCCGUGAUUUUUUUUUUUUUUUUCAUCCUAAUGAUGUUACUCUUUAGUGUAAACAAUCGGUAAACAAUCGGUUUGACAUCUGGUGUCCGAGAAUGAUAUGAAUGAAUAUUCUGUCUUACAUCGA